CAGCUCUUGCACUCGACGCGUCUGCACUCAUUGCAUUGCUAUCGUUCGCGCUUGUCCGGCUUUUCGCAUUAUUAAUGGCCAUGAUGACUUUAAAAUUCCUACCCUCCUCGUCGCUACGUGGUGAUAGCCCUGCAAUCUAUGAGUCCAUUUUUCUGAUAGCUUCCUUUGCCUCGCAGAUGGGUUGGUAAAACUACUCGACAUGAAUGCCUGGCCAGCCGACGCCUUGAAUCUUCCGAACCAUGACAAUGGUGCUUUUCACCAGGCGACCAUUGAUCCUUCACAGGCAUUCCUUCAAGCCUCUCCCACCCCUGACCCUACUCAAUAUCAGCGCAUGUUCAACGGCGUGCCGCGGAAUGUCUCACCUGGUUUCCACAACCCGAACCAGGUGAUCCCUUCGAAGCGGCCACGGCCCGAAGAUGGGAUGUCAAUGUCGCCCAGGCAAGCUCCUGGCGGCAUUGCUGCCUCGCGUUCGCAAACGCCUCAUCAAGUGCCUUUUCCUGGAUAUCAAGCUGCGGCGAACGGCGCCCCGCAGUUUCCCUCGCAUCCCACUCCGUAUCAGCAUCUCCAACAAGGAACUUCUCCAAAUGUCACUCAGUCGCCUAUAAUGCAGGAUUUUGAUCAACACGGCAUUCAGCGGAUGGGAACUGCUUCCCCAAGCCCCUUCACACCAGCAGGCCCUCAAGUGGGAACGCACAUGUCUCCAACUCAAUCAGAUCACCCGAGCAGGGUGAACACACCGCAGAACAAUACCUUCAUGCCAGGCCAGCCAUUUCCGCCAGGCAUGGGUCCUCAGUUUGCUCCCGCGCCUGCUAUGACAACCGCCGCUGUACAACCGCCAAUGCAGGCUCAUUUCGGUGGCAUGCCACAGGGCUAUCAACAGGCGAUUGCUGCGCAGCAGCAGCAGCAACGUCUGCAUGCUAUGCAACUGCAGUCACAAGGUCGUCCCAUGGUCAUGAAUCCUGCGAUGGCUGGGCGGCCUAUGGCAGCUGGGAUGAAUGCAAUGGCCAAUCCCCAGCAAAUGGCAGCUAUCAGACAAAUGCAGCAGACCAUGGCAAAACCCAUGAACCCAGAAGGAUUUAUGCGGUCCCUGCAAAAAUUCAUGAUGGCGCGCAAUCUGCCCCUGGAUCACAGUCCAAUCGUGUGUGGUCGUCCGAUCAAUCUGGUUCAACUUUACGCUACUGUCAUGAAACUCGGAGGAUCGAAGAAGAUCACAGCCACAAACAUGUGGCAAGUCAUUGCUACGCAGCUCCAGUUUCCUCCUAUGCAGGUUCCAAUGGCUGCGCAAGAGAUUCGGGACCAUUACCAGCGGAAUCUCGCGGCGUACGAACAAGCCUUCCUAAGCAACCAACAAAAACAAUAUGCGGAGCAGAUGCAACAGUCAUCGUUAUCUCGGCAGCCUAGCGAUGCGUCGGGCAUGCAACUACAGUCCCCGGCGGGAAAGCCAGUUCAAGGCUUCGAAACUCCCCAACAGAUGGGACCCCAACAGAUGGGACACCCCUCCCCUGGCAGUGCUCCUGGUCCGAACAACGUACAACUCAGUGCUGCAAAUGGGUUCGCAACCCCGACGCCUGUGAAGACACAGAACAAACAACAAACUCCGCACCGCCUGAGCAUUUCGCGUCAAUCUCAACCGCCUUCAACGCCGCAUGAUCCUAGCACCCAAAUGGCCGGGCAAUCUCCUGCACCACGUGGCAAAGGCUCGGUAUCAGCUCCCAGUAAACCAGAACUAUUAGAUCAGCCUUCCAAUAUGCCUCAUAAGCAGCCUAUUGAAGAUCCCUUCAAGCCAAUGGUACUUCCUGAGAGUAACUUCCAUGGUCCCAUAGUCGUGGAUGAGAUGUCUCAGAUAGGAGAAGACAUAACGCGGCUGAAGCCCAAUGUUCCUGCCUUCGCUGAGCUUGGUGUCAUUGAUAUCCACGCCCUCACAAUGGGCAUCAAGUCUGGCAUUCAUGCCGAGAUGCGCGUGGCAUUGGAUACUCUCACGGCCGUCUCCUCCGAGCCUGCCAUCCAGGUCUCCUUGGAUAACUGUGAUGACCUGGUGGAGAGCCUGAUAGAGUGUGCUGAAGAUCAAGCAGAGUUCCUUGCCGAGCAUUCUCCCGAAGUCUCGGACUCGAUGCUUUUAUCCACUUAUGAGGAGGUAGUCCGUGGGUGCCAGUCCGAAUGGAUAUCGUUGGCUGAUGUGCCUGAGUUUGGGAGCCUUGAUUAUGAAUUAGAUCGAGCUGUGGAUAGGCUCAUUUGCAUCACAACCAUCCUGCGGAAUUUUUCGUUUUCGGACUCGAAUUUUGCCAUUUUAUCAACGCCCCCAGUCGUCCAAUUCAUGUCUACCAUAAUCCGAUAUUUGGGUACUCGCAACAUGCUCCUACGAACACAUCAGAACACGCUGGAUUUCAUGAAAGACACUGUCAUUUACUUGAGUAACGUUGCUCACACGAUUCAAUUGCCCAGCAAAGAGGAGGCUCUAUGUCUCCUACAUUUUCUUCUGUCGUUCGCGCCAUUUCCAGGACCAGUCAUUGGCCCAGAUGGCACCAUGUUUACAUCUUACAAUCCCUCUGUACAUAAGUACACCCCCGCAGCCGUGGACAGCCUGGCGAAGCUUCUGGCACGGGAUGAGCCAAACCGGACGUUCUUCAGAGCGAUCUUUUCUGGCGAUGGCAAUUCCGUCCAACAAGACCUGCUCACUCGUGCAUUUGGGCUUGCGAUAUGUUCUAUUCCCGACCAGCCUCGCAAGCCUCUAGCUAUCGCAGAUCUUCGAAAGGUGUUUCUCAUGCAAGGCUUGCUAGCCGCAGAUAUCCUUGCUGGUUAUGCCGAUGGUCCCACUGCCAAAAUAUGGCUGGAAUCGGUGGAUGGAUUUGCCAUUCACCUUCUGCGGUUAUCGUGUCUUCUAAGCACCGAACAUGCUCCCCCUCCACCGACCAACGCCCGGCAGUCCCACGCUGCAAGGGGCCUAGCUGAUGAAGCUGAAGCAUACCGCUCAAUUGUCAACCGAGGCUUGGCCAUUCUCCGUCGGCUUGCCGAGAAGUCGAAACUAGCAGAUACCACAUCCACGGUACAUUUUCCAUCGGGGAUUAUCCCACGUAAGGAGAGUCUGCUAGGCGCGUUGCUGAUGCGCGAUAUCGAUCCGGGAGUUGUCAGGCAACUGCUCACCUAUGCUCGGCUUGCGGAGUGAUUGGAUAGACUCGGUGCUGGGUUCAAGCCUGGCACCACUUCAAUUAUGCCCCUUGUUGAUGUCUGCUUCCCUCAUGUCUUCUACUUAUCCUUAGUAAACUAUCUCUGCAUCAACUUCAUUUUUCCUCUUCAUAACACCGUUCAAGUUUCGUUUGGCGCCGGUGGGAAAGAAUUUCUGAAAGGCGUGACAAUGUGUGUAUCCUUGUGUGUGAAUUACCGCUGUACAAUGUUCAAUACCCUCGGGCGUAAAAACAUGAACACAAUC